AUGUCUAAGAUUGCAAAACUUGCAGGCGUUGCUCCAGGUACUAUUUACAUCUAUUUUGAGAGUAAACAGGAGUUGGUUAAUAAACUCUAUUUAUAUAUCAAGACCGAUAUUGCAAGCAUUGCGUUUAAGGGUUUUGAUGAAAGUCAAUCGGUAGAAGAGGGCUUCAAGACGAUUUGGUAUAACGUUGCUAAGUAUAAAAAGAAGAAUAUUAAGGAGGCGAUGUUCUCUUCUCUCUGUGAUAUUACGCCAAUGAUUGAGAAAGGUUGGGAGCAGAAGGGCUUGGAACUGCUAGAGCCUUUAGCCAAGCUUUGGAUAAGAGGUCAAAAAGAGGGGAUAAUUAAGAACGUGCCUAUGCAAUUGCUCUAUGCUUUUUCGAUGAGUCCUUUGUCUUACUUAAUUUCAGAGCAUCAGGAUAAGAAUAUCAAGCUAACUAAAGAACUUAUAGAUCACAGCUACAGAAUAGCGUGGGAUAGUAUUAAACUUUAA